GAGGUGUUGCCGGUGUAGGUGUACUUUGCUACCUAACGCUAGAAAAAAUCAUUGUACACAAUUUGUCCUGUUUAAGGCUGGACAUGUCAUAAGUAAUCUCAAAACAGGUAGAAUCAUGCUCCUACCUUCAAAUUUAAAUAACUAUGGGUGAGCUACCGAGCGCCGCACACACCACACCGCACCGCCUUGACUCCCCAGCGCCAUUUCUGCGUUGUUGCAUAAUUACAAUAUUUUGGCUUAUCAAGAACCAUAAAAAAUGUACCGGGCUGAGGUAACAAUAAUAAUGCAAUGAAAAUCAUUUCUUAUCGCGUUUAGGUGUGAAGAGCCUUCCAGUCAGCAUGUACAGGGCCAUGCGAAAGCUGGUGUGUGUGACUGGCGCCACCCUGGGGCCCGUUCGCCGUGCCCUGACCCGGCUCAGCGAGGCCACAUUUGGUCGUCAUCUGCUCCUCACCAAUGUCUCAGUAUCUGUGUUGCUGUCAGCACUGGGGGACUCUCUUCAGCAGAGGUACCAGAUAGAGCGGGGCGCGCGUCGCAGCUACGACCGCCACCGGCUCGGCUACAUGUCCGGCUGCGGCCUGGGCGUCGGCUUCCUCUGCCACUACUGGUACCUGGCGCUCGACCGACUCUGGGUCGGACGCACCAUCGGCGUCGUGGCCAAAAAGGUGCUGCUGGACCAGGUGGUGUUCUCGCCGAUCCUCAUAUCGACCUUCCUCGUCUCGCUGGAGGUCCUGCGUGGCCACGGCGUCCAGGACAUGGCCUCCACGCUAAAGGCCAAGUUCGCCAGGCUCUACAUCGCAGAAUGGACCAUCUGGCCCCCUGCGCAGGCAUUCAGCUUCUACUGUUUGCCCACUAGGUACCGGGUGCUCUGGGACAACACCGUCUCACUCGGCUACGACGUGUACACCUCGUACGUCGUGCACGACGAUGACGACGACGACGACGACCUGCCGCCGCAGCAGAUGGGUGCGAUAGAGCGCGUGAUGUACGACGCCAGGAACUUGUGACCGGAGCCUCAGCGCUGGUGACGACCGCUAGUCUGUGGGGCCGCUAGCGAGAGCUCGACCCGCCACCACUCGGGGGCUGCAGCAGAGCUGGUACGACACCAAAACCCGGCCUUAAAACAGAUAUGCAUCAGAGACCGUUCGUGUCCAAGGAGCCUUUGUUGUGGUUCGCUUCCCCACGCUGUCAACAGUCGACGGUGAUUGGCGAAUAAGGACGCGGCGAAUGCUGCUUUAAACAUGGUGCGCUUACAGGCGACCAGCGGUUCGUUUAUCCAUAUCAGUUUUUGAUGGGCUCCGGGUUCGUGGGGUUCCCUCUCGUUGGCGGCCAUAGAGUAGUACACAUACCGUGUGGUAGAGUGCACCGGCCCAGCUCCGUUUGAGAGUGGCUGUUCUGUUCACUAAGAUGCCAUCCGGGUGGUCCCAGGACCAGUCACUUUGCUCAGACCAUGGCGAAAGGUGUGUUGCUUUUGGUCUGGGUGUGCCUCACAUUGCAGGAUAUGUGUUGGGUGUGUGAGGAGGGGUGAGCGAGAGCUACAUAACGUGCCUUCAUCCGUUAGUGUGUUUGUGGUGUAUUGUAUAGCGUCGCUGAAUCGAUUAGAUCAUGAUGCGCAAUCAACAACUUUCUGAGGCGAUUGUAGAGACAUAUUGUAUUGCUGGCAAGGGUCACUACAGCACAGAUCAGCCACAUUGCAGUGCGAAGCUAGGGGAGUUCUGAUCACUUGGUGAGGUGUACGGUACUACGUCGGAGCCUGGCAUAGCUCGGUUGUAUCUCUUUAUGUAGGCACAAUAGCGCAGAAGUCCAGUCCGCCGAACUUAUGGAUUUAAUGUACGGAUGGCUGAAUUUAACGUCUUGUUACCUCAUUUGACGUGUUUAACUAGGUUGUCAGACAUUUACAGCAUCGACCGAGAUCUUCGAAAUGUCGUACCUGGUGGAUUGGACAUAGUGACGUAGAUGUACUGAUUUGAAGAUAUACCCGUCUGAUGGCAUAUAAGUGACAGUGUACGUAUUGAUGUGAUGUGUUCAUAUGGAAUGGCGCCGUCUGUAUGAUGUGUUGAAACGCAGGUAUAGAGAUGCUGGUCGUGACUGACUUCGGCUGGUAUCGUGCAUACCGUAGGCGCGCCAGUAACUUGAGGAUGUUGGGCGGUCGUCAGGGAAGAAUGCCGAGCGGUUCCCGCCCCGGGCCUUCAAGCAUUGCGGCUGUGACACUGUCGAGGGUACAGCACUGCACCAAUACAAAUGGAGCUGGUUGUGCA